UCCAAUAAAACCUGCAGAAGAUUCAAAAUCCCCAAACGCCGGCUAAUAGUUCCUGCGAAUUUGCUGGUCAAAAUCAAAGACGAGCUGCUUGUUAAACAGAGCUCCUUCUUCCCGUCGCUGCCUGAUCGCAGACUCAGUUCUUCGAGAGCAGAUUGGCGAUGGAUGAGAAAGAAACUAGUGGUGAUGAAAUGAAUAUGGACGAUCUUCACAGCAAUCAGAAAGAGACCGUUGAAUUAGCCUCUGCAACAGAGGAUACGGAUAAAUACAUAGAGAAUCAAACUGACGACGAUAGUAGUGCUGAAGAAGAAGAAUCUGAUGAUGAGGAAGAAGAUGAUACAGAAGAAACUUAUUCAUUAACAUCUGAAGGAGAGAUAAAUCCAUUGGCUCUCACAGAGUUUGAUCCUUUUCAGCAUUCGGAACACAUGGAGUAUGAAGCUUUGGCUGAUAAAAAGCGUAAAGCAAUCCUCGAUUAUGAUGAUGAAGGAAUGCCACUAGGAAAGAAGUUGAGACUAGAAGAUCGUUCUCCAGCAGAACUUGAUGAGUUGAUGGCGGAACUGACGGGAAAGAAAAGAAAGUCAAAGAAGAUUAAGAAAAGAGGCAGGAGGAAAGGAUCAAAGAAGAAAAUGAAUCCAGAGAUUACACGAAAAUUAGGUGAUGCUACACAAUACUUCGCAUAUGGGCGAUACAAAGAGGCCAUACCUCUAUUAAAAGAAAUCAUUCGGCUUGUACCGAAUCUGCCCGAGCCUUACCAUACACUUGGCCUUAUAUACAAAGCUAUGGGAGAUAAAAAGAACGCUCUAUAUUAUUAUAUGUUUGCUGUAUUUUUGACUCCCAAGGAUGUAUCGCUCUGGAAGCUUUGUUUUACAUGGUCUAUGGAAUUAGGGUUCUCUGGUCAAGCCUGUUAUUGUCUUGAUAAAGCUAUUAAAGCAGAUCCUGAAGAUACGGAUCUUAGACAUUUUCGGGCCUCUUUUUUGGUUGAUCUUGGACUAUAUCAAAAGGCUGCUGAAUCGUAUCACCAAAUCUGGCAACUUCAUCCUAAGAAUCUUGAAGCACUCAAGAAAGCAGCAACGUUGUACCAAAAAUGUGGUCAGCUAGAACGCAGUAUCAGCAUUCUCGAAGAUUAUAUGAAAAAGAACCUGAACGAUUCCGAUGUGGAUGUGGUUCGUUUGUUGGCGUCACUUCUUAUGUCUGAUAGUGAACAUGAAAAAGCUCUUCAAUAUAUCCAGGAUGCUUUUAAAGAAUUACCAGUUGACCUGUUGGUAAAAGCGGGAAUAUGCCAUGUUCAUCUUGGAAACUUGGAAACAGCGGAGGAAUUCUUCGGGGUGCUCACACGAAAGAAUGUAAAUGAUUGUGGUGACUUAGUUGUUGAAGUUGCAGACUCGUUAAUGAGUGUUAAGAAUCAUGAAUCUGCGUUGAAGUACUACCUGAUGUUAGAAGGGAGUGCUGGUAGCAAGAAAGGCCUAUUAAAUUUGAAUAUCGGGCGUUGUUACCAAUUUCUAAGUGCAAGAACACAAGCAAUUCACUACCUGUACAAAGCCUUAGAAGAACUUGAAGACGACAUUGAUGCUAGGUUAGAUCUAGCGUCAUUACUGUUAGAAGAAGAUAAAGAAGAUGAAGCGAUUUCUGUACUUUCUCCUCCAUCUGAUUCAGAAUCAAGAGUUGGUCUAACCUCUGAUACGGGGAAACCAUGGUGGACCGAAGGGAAAAUAAAGUUAAAGCUAUCUUACAUCUAUAAGUCCAAAGGUUCUACCAAGGUCUUUGUUGAAACAAUAUUUCCGUUAGUUCGUGAAACAUUGUAUCUUGAAACCAUUCAACGAAAGGCUAGACCAAAGAAAAGGUUACCAAAAAGCGUGCUGUAUAAAAGACUUCAAGUGCUGGAUGAAUAUCAAUCUGACAACGUAUUUCAUGGAUUCCGCCCCAUUGCUUCAUCUUCAGAUCUGUCUAAAGCUGCUCGAGCAAAGAAGGUGCUUCAGAAAAAAGAAACAAAAAGGCAAGAAAAACGAGCUGCAGCAUUGGCUGCUGGUAUUGAGUGGCAAAGUGACGAAUCGGAUGAUGAUGAUGAAUCUCCUACAUAUAGAGAACCUCCCCUGCCUAAUAUCUUAAAGGAUGACGAUCAACUUACACUUAUUGUGGAUUUAUGCAAAGGAUUAGUAUCAGUGAAAAAAUAUUGGGAAGCACUUGAAAUUAUCACAUCAAGUCUGAAGCUGGCACAAAACACUCUAUCAACAGAGAAGCAAGAGGAACUUCGAGUGCUCGGAGCACAGAUAGCAUAUAAUAUUGAUGGUCCCACAAACGGAUGGGAUUGUGCUCGAUACAUCGUUACCCAAAAUCCUUAUAGCUUCGCCGCAUGGAAUUGCUACUAUAAAAUUAUGUUACGAUCGAGGCUGGAUAAGCAUAAGAAAUUCUUGCAAGAGAAGUUUGUGAAACACGAAGAUUGUAUACCGGUUCUUUUAAUUAAAGGCCAUCAGUUCACAAUGCUUAGCCAACAUCAAGCAGCUGCAAGCUGUUACUUGAAAGCCUAUAAAUUAAUGCCUGAAAAUGCCUUGGUCAAUCUUUGUGUCGGAACGGCCCUGAUCAACCUAUCUCUCGGACUUCGACUUCAUAACAAGCAUCAAUGUGUUCUGCAAGGUUUAGCUUUUCUCUAUAACAAUCUUCGCCUUUCGGAAAAUAGCCAGGAAGCUUUAUACAACCUAGCCCGAGCCUAUCAUCAUGUUGGUUUAGUCUCGGUUGCAGCUACGUAUUAUGAAAAGGUGCUUGCAGUUCAUCAAAAAGAUCACCCUAUACCAAAGCUGCCAAAUGAUGGUCCGGAAAUCACUGAUGAUCUGAAGCCCGGAUAUUGUGACCUGAAAAGAGAAGCAGCUUAUAAUUUGCACCUUAUCUAUAAAAGCAGUGGAUCUGUAGAUCUUGCUAGGCAGCUACUUAAAGAUCAUUGUAGUAUUAAAUAAUAAUAAUGAUAUAUGACUUUUGGAAUGCCUGAACUGUUUAUUAACACCUAAAGGAUUUGGUCACA